UCCGACCGCUUCGUUCCGACAGUGACCGGUUUCCAAACGAUUUUCAAGGAAUUUGACCAGAACGCAAACAGAGCUCGGAGCUUCGCUAACAGGGAUUAUCUGAAUGACUUCACGAUAAUAAWAAAAAAAACCCGUGAGCUGUGAAAUGGCUUUGUUAAACUGACUCCGUUUAAGUCUCCUUCCUCUCGCUGUUUGGCGAGUUACUGGGGUAGCUUCCUGUUCGGACAGCGAGCGAACCUGCCGGUCUGUGCAAGGCCGAAACCAACAACGCUUUCAAGAAUAAGAGCUUAUUUUUUAAAAAAAACUGUGUUUUAGUUUGUCCUCGAAAAGCUACAGGUGUAGUCAGCCUAUUUUAAUUAAAUUUUAAAAAUAAUAAAAAAAAAACUUAUCAGGAGUUAGCUCAGUAGUUCUGUACUUUGAGAUCACGUGACCGAGUUUGUUUCCUGUAGAUUCACGAUCAUGACCAAGGACAUCGUUGUUGGAGAUGAAUUACCUGACUGGGUGGGAGCUAAGGAGUUUUACCAGAAGUACGACCCCAAAGAGGUGAUUGGCAGAGGAGUGAGCAGCGUGGUGCGCAGGUGUGUGCACAGACACACAGGUCAGGAGCUGGCGGUGAAGAUCAUUGAGAUCACAGCAGAGAAGAUGACGGUCCAGCAGCUGGAGGAGGUGAGGAACUCCACGCUGAAGGAGAUCCACGUCCUCAACAUGGUGAAGGGGCACCCCUCCAUCAUCACCUUGAUUGAUUCCUAUGAGUCCACAACAUUCAUAUUUUUAGUGUUUGACCUCAUGAGGCGAGGAGAGCUGUUUGACUACCUCACAGAAAAAGUUACCCUGAGUGAAAAGGAGACCAGGUGCAUAAUGCGAGCUCUGCUAGAGGCCGUGCAGUACCUGCACUCCCUGAACAUCGUUCACAGAGAUCUGAAACCCGAGAACAUCCUGCUGGAUGAUCAGGGCCACAUUAAACUGUCYGACUUUGGUUUCUCUGUUCAGCUUCAGCCUGGACAGAAGCUGAGAGAGCUCUGUGGAACGCCUGGUUAUUUGGCCCCGGARAUACUGAAGUGCUCCAUGGACGAACUGCAUCCAGGCUACGGCCAGGAGGUCGAUCUCUGGGCGUGUGGAGUCAUCCUCUUCACMCUGCUGGCCGGCUUGCCGCCGUUCUGGCACCGUAAACAGAUGCUGAUGCUGAGGAUGAUCAUGGAGGGCCGCUAUCAGUUCAGCUCCCCCGAGUGGGACGACCGGUCCGACACUGUGAAGGACCUGAUUUCCAGGCUGUUGGUGCUGGAGCCAGCUGCCCGUCUCACUGCAGAACAAGCCUUGKCUCAUCCCUUCUUCAGACUGUACCAGAAGGAGGACGUGCGUCUCUUCAGUCCCAGAAAAACAUUCAGGGUUUUGAUCCUGAGCGUGCUCGCCUGCAUCCGCAUCUACAGCCGGUACCGCCGGGCCCGGCCGCUCACCCGCCAGGUGCUGGCCAGAGAUCCCUACUCGCUCCGCGGCGUCCGCAAGCUCAUCGACGGCUGCGCCUUCCGCAUCUACGGCCACUGGGUGAAGAAAGGCGAGCAGCAGAACCGAGCGGCGCUCUUCCAGAACACGGCCAAGACCGUGCUGCUGGGGCUGGAGGAGCUCGAAGCGUAGAAACGCUCACCCUCGUUCCCAAACGUGUCGGUUUUAUUUUUAUUCGUUUUAUUUAACUUUGUGCAUGUGAGGUUUUUCGUCUUGUUGCUGUUUGAAUUUUUCUUUGUUUAAAUAUGUGCAAUCCACRUGUCGAGUCGUUUGCGUGCAAGCUCAAGCUGCACGUGGGACUCGAUGUUCCUUAUCUGUGUGUUGAUCCGAGAUGGUGAGUUUGUGAAGCCCUUUUAGAUCGCAUCAUGUUCAGUGCACUUUGCAAAGAGCACAUUGCACAAUAAUUUAAAACCCGUCACUGUAUAUUUAGGAUUUUAACUGCUGAAAGUUUACUGCAAUUAAGGAGAGCAUUAGUUUCUAAGCACUGCAUGAGCAUUUCUAAAUAAGAGUAAAUAUUAAUUAUUUUUAUAAACAUAUAGCUGUUUUAAAGCUUGGUAGUACUGAGAGUUGAACAUUAGGAAAGUAGGUUGUGUGUAAUUCUGUGUGAAAACAUCAUUCCCACUUUUCAAUCUAACAAGAAAACAUUCUUUUAUUAAAGUGCCUGUUUGAGAAAUGUAAGGCAAUCACACAAGAGCAGAUAUAACUUGUACUGUAUGUGGACAAAAUGUUUUUAUUGACAUUAAAACAAAUGGUUCAAUUUGUU